UGAACAAUGAACAAGGCGCGAUCUCGCGUGAGACGGGACAGGAUAACAAUGAAACAAUUUGAGAGCUGUCCUUUCUUGUCCUUGUGCCAUCGUGCAGUCAAAUUUUGAUCACUUUGAAGGCUUAACAGUCUCAAGAGAGCCAUGUAGUUCUUGAAGUCUUGGAUAUUGUGGACUUGAGACGGGUCUCAUCGCGUCAUUAGUUCAAAAGAGAAGAUCCAUCCUCGGUUGAAUGGAGCAGCCAUUGUGUCCCAGUUUGUUCCCACGGGUGCCACCUUUCAUCAAGUUCAUCCCGGCUAUUAAUCCCGAUGGAACGCUGGAAAAGGGCCAGCAGUAUUGGGAUCGAGACAAUUGGGACCAGGAACGCUUGUGGCGAAUUCCAAUGGCCAUGGAGAGUUGGAUCCAGAUCUGGGCCCAGAUGUCCAAACCAUUGGAUUUCCACCAUCCGACACGAAAUACGUGGCACAUCUCCAAAGGAGAAUGUCUCACCAAAGAUGUUUCCCUACGAUCGUCAGUCAUCCACGCCACCACAAUCGUUAACAAGGAUGUGAUCGCCAGACGAUCUCGGCGAUCUUUGGCACUCUCCAGGUCUUUCAAUCUCGAGCCAUUUACCGAAAAGGCUGAGGAUGCAAUCAAUUUCAUGGACCAGCAUCCUGGCGUUAAAUUGAUCAUGUUUGCCAAAAUGCACGAAAUUGCUCGGAAGAAUAUAUUAGGCGAGAGGUUCUUUAUCAUGCAAACACAAUUUCCCAAGGACUUCAAUAUUCAUCCUCUCACAUUUUCUUUGCCUGGCCAAAGGGAAGCUCUUCAAAUAGCAAUGAAGAAGGAUCCGCAAGGUCUUUGGAUCAUUAAGCCUCCAAAUAGCAACAACGGGAAUGGCGUUAGACUGAUCACCACCUUCGAUCCUCUUCCCUCCGGUAAAACAUGCGUACAGUCGUACAUUCGUGAUCCAUUUCUGAUCAGAGGUUGCAAAUUCGAUAUCCGGGUGUACGUGCUUUUGACCAGUUUGGACCCGCUCCUUAUCUACCUCUAUGACGAUGGAUUGGUUCGAAUAGCCACGGAGAGAUACACGGAAAACCCUCGAAGUGCAAAGAACAACUGGAUCCACGUUACAAAUGCCGCUGUGAAUCAAUCCAACAACGAAAAGUACAUUUUCAAUGACAUGCCAGAUCAGUGUUUUGGACACAAGUGGAGGCUGAAAUGUCUUUGGGCUUACUUGUCUGAACAUGGCCUAUCACAAGUUGAGUUGGAUCUCAUUUGGAACCGAAUCGAGGAUGCAGUGAUCAAAACAAUCUUCACCUCCUACCACGAAAUGCAGGCUGAGUACAAUCGGGUCACCAAAGAAUCCAAUUACAACAGCUAUAAGGUCCUGGGCUUUGAUCUCUUGCUGGACAGGAAACUGAAUAUUUUUGUGAUUGAAGUCAACGCCAGGCCUGCUUUGCUUUCACAGCCUCUAGAUCAGUCGGUGAAUCGGCCCAUGCUACAGGAGAUGGUCAACAUUUUAGGAUUUCGCAUUCCAAGCAAAUGUAACGAACAUCAAAAUCUGAUUAAAGAACGGUUUCCCCAUUGUUCGAAAAGUCAAUUUUUCACAUUCGAGUGGAAAAUUCAUUGCCGAAUUUUAUCCAAUCACGAUGAACACAAACAAGAGAUGUUUCUUUCAUUACCCAGGAGUGAAUACCUUGAAUCGAUUCUGAAAGAAUUGACGCCAUGUGACGUUCGCACUUUGAUCAAAUUGGAACACGAAUUCAGCCAACUCCACCAUUUUAGUCGGAUUUUCCCCACCCAACAAUCCAAUGAGUACUUCCAAUUCUGUAUGAACAAGGAGUCUUAUUACGAUCGAUUAGUGGACGCAUAUGAGCACAAGUUUUCCAACGAUCGAGGAAUGGGUCUGAAAUUACUGAGGACAUUGUGCUUGAAAGAUGUUCAUUUGUAACAGAACUCAAUUAGAUUUCCGAUUUCGCAUUUCA